AUGGAUCGGCAGACCCAUUUUGGAUCGACGACCGGGCAUGUCGCAUUCCCCGGCGCCCAUGUUGAAACCGGAGGAACGCUCAACGUAACUGUUUCGGACACCCGCCCAACACCGACCACAGCACGACCGAAUUUCGUCUUCCCUUUCGAACAAAACAAGGACUUCAUCGACCGGCCCGAUGUCGUCGCCAGGCUUGACGCUCUGCUCCCUCCCGUUGCUGAAUACCAGAGCGCUGCUCUUUGGGGUCUGGGAGGAUCCGGGAAAACGCAGAUAGCACUCGAGUUUGCGUACAGCCGUUUCCACCAGACGAACUGCGCCGUCUAUUGGGUCCACGCAGACAACGAGGCGACGUUCACGCAAGACUACGAAGCCCUUGCGAGAAAAGCCGGUCUUGAUAAGAAGGGCAAGGAAUUGCUCCAUGCCGUGCGCGGCUGGAUAGAGGCGCAGCCUCGCUGGCUUCUCGUUGUCGACAAUGCAGACGACAUCAGCAUCUUUGGCGUUGGCUCAGACACGGCAUCAGCAAGUGAUAACCGAACAUCAACCCAGGAGACUUGCCUCUAUGAUUUCAUACCCCGGGGCCCCGUUGGCACGGUGCUCUGGACCACUCGCGACGAAAGACUCGUGGGCAGUCUUGUGGGCGUUCGACAGGGACUGCAAGUCGGCCGGAUGACGGCUGGCGAGGCCACGGUACUCUUUGAGAGCACGAGGGGAAAUGACAUCCUCGACGACGAAAAGGAUUCCGUCUCCGAGUUGCUGACAAAGCUGGACUAUCUUCCUCUGGCUGUGUCCCAGGCCGCGGCGUAUAUCCGCCGGUUAUCCGUACCGGUAGCGCAGUACCUAUCGAGGCUGGAGGAAGUGAAAAAAAGGUGGAAGAUCUUGCAGAAGUCAGAACACGACCGACAUCGCAGACCUGCGGUCCCGAACAGCAUUCUUCAGACAUGGAGCAUUUCGAUGGAGCACCUUAAAAAGAAGGACCACACGGCAUACAACCUCCUUCUCACCCUCGCUUACAUCCACAAUCAGAACAUUCCCGAAAGUUUCAUCCACGCAGCGGCAAGAUCAUGCCGCGCUCACAUCGGACAAAAUACAAGAACUUCGAGCUCGUCCACGGAGAGUGACGAUGAAUCGGAUGACGAGGACGAUGCCGUCGCUACUGCCGUGGCUCGGCUGAGAGAGUUCUCGUUCCUAUCCGCACGGAAGCCCCAAGAAGUCGGGCAGACCUACGAGAUGCACGGGCUCGUCCAAGACGCCGCUCGAUAUACUCUGAGUCAGAAAGCACGACGAGAAGAAGCGGCGUGGUUUUCGAAGACGGCACUGCUUCUCGUAUCGGACCUCUUUCCCUCAAAUCCGAAGGAGACCUGGGAAGCAACCGAGUUGUGGCUUCCUCAUGCGCUACUGAGCAGUGAAUGGGCCGAAGUUUGCAAAGCGAAUGCGCAUAAAGAAAUCGCGUAUCUUCUGACGAGUGUCUCGGGCUACCUUUCGAUACGUGGCAGACACAGCGAAUUGCAACCUAUAUUUCGAAAAGUUUACCUUCUGCUGCGCACUAGGGUUGGGGUGACGGACAAAACCACUCUGCAAUUCAUGCAUGCUCUUGCAGUGGUUUAUAGCACCCAACAACGAUACGACGAUGCAGAGAGGAUUGCAUUCGAAGCCGUCGAGCUUUACCAGCAAGCUUUUGGCAAGAGGCAUCACGAAACACUCACGGCGAUGACAAGACUGGCAGAAAUGCUCAGACUUCACAACAAGUCCAACGAUGCAGAGAAGAUCUUGAUGGAGGUUUUAAAGCCAAAAACUCCACUUCAGUCUCUUGGAGAAAUCAACUUGGACAAAAUCCAGGUCCAGGCCUUGAAUGAACUUGCGGCCAUAUAUCACGAGCAAGGGAAAUACAACGUCGCAGAGCAAAUCCAGAUCAAGUUGCUCAAAUUCCAAGAGGACUCCCUUGGCAAGAAGGAUCUAGAGACAAUGGAUACUAUGGCUCGACUUGCAAAAACAUACAGCGCUCAAGGGAGGUACCCGGAGGCAGAAAAGAUAAUGGCAGAGGUCUUAGAGCUAGAGAUUGAGGUUAACGGCAAGAGGAGACUCAGGACAACCUUUGCCAUGGCACACCUUGCGGAAACAUACAACGUCCAAGGGAAACAUCAAGAUGCGGAGCAUCUUCUGGUUGAAGCGUUGAGGCUACAAGAGUAUGUCGUUGGCAAGAAGAAUGAUAGCAACAUCUGGCUUAGGCGGGAACUUGCAGAGGCGUACACCGCUCAGGGAAAGCAUAGUGAUGCAGAGCAUCAUCUGGUGGAAGCACUGAAGCUACGUGAAAAUGCUCCUGGUAAGGAGGACCCAGACAAUAUCCUGCUUAGGUGGGAACUUGCAAAGGCGUACACCGCUCAGGGAAAACAUAGUGACGCAGAGCAUCACAUGGUGGAAGCGCUGAAGCUAGAUGAGGAUCUUUUUGGCAAAGCUCAGACGAUAGUCGACCUCGCGAGAGCACACCUAGCCCAGGAAACUGUCGACGGAGGCGGCGAGAAUAGGCAAAGGUAA